UUCGUAAUACUGGUCUAGAUGUAAUGACGACUAUGUGUAGUUUUCUGCUCAUCAAAUUUAAAUUUUUUGAUGCUAACUAUGAAUAAUGACGGCGUAUUUUGAGCCUGGCCAGUAGUCAUUUUGAGGUCUCCAUGACCGAGGGGUAUUCUUCUUGUCAGUCUUGCUCCAAACACUCAAAAGCUUAAAGGUAGCACAGGCUCGAAUCUUUGAGUGUGAAGUCGAACAGAACUGCUUCACAAAUACCAAUACAGUCUACCGUUGAUCCCUUCCUUGGCUCAUCUAGUUGGUCCUCACACGCUCACUGCUGCCGCCCGUAAUGAACUUCGAUGUUCUUUUGGGAACUAAAAAGAAUCUUCUGCCAUCUAAUGCAAGUUAAAACCUCUUUAGGUAUUAGAAAAAAUUGCUUAAGGAUAUGACUUCAUCUGCGCAAAUUGUUCCUUGUGAAGAAAAUAUAGCAAAACAAACUAUAUCUUAUUACAGAUCUCAAAGAUAUUUACGGAAAAAACGUUCUUCUAUUUCACAGCUAAAACGUUUUUACUCAUUACAAGACAAAGAACUUAAUGAACAUAAGAAGUUUAUUAACAAAACUGAAGCAUCUUAUCAUACAAAAAAUCCUAAUGAUGUUUUUUCUCAUACCGUUGAACUUUCUAAAAGAUUAUGUAUGAAUUCUGGCAAAAAUGAAUGCAUUCUCAAAAAAUGUUCAAGCUGCCCUGAUCUUCUACAGAUUUCCCAACCGUUACUAUCUUUUACUAGUGUUAGUCUUCCUGAUAUCUUUACCAUAGAUACCAGACAUGUAGAUUUAUCCACAAUUUCUUCUAAAAAAUUUCUUCCAUCAAAUUCUGUCUCAGUAGUUCCAGUCUUCGAAAAUUUAUAUAAAAAUAUAGUUUCAGUUGAAAAUCUUGCUGAAGACGAUAGCUCAAUUACUUCUAAAAGAGACAAUCAUAGUAGAUUUAGCAGCGUUGAUUCUUCUUACAGUCUUAUAUCUACAACUGAUAUUCAAGAAAUUGAUGGUGUUUUUAAGAAUGAUCGUAGUUGGAGACCCCAGCAUUCUCGUUCUAAAUCUGAUUAUCAGCCAACAGAUACUCAUGAAUAUAUUCAAGAAGCUCAAGUUUUCUCUUUACCUAGUUCAUUUUCAGAAAAUAAAGCACCUCCUCGGAAAAGUAUAUUUGAAGGAAAACAAAUGGUUGUUCCAACUGAGUGUUUUUUCCCCCGUCCUCAACAGGGACAGACUCUCACGAGCUUUUUGUCAUCUAAGCAGUUCAACAUAUCUGCUGAAUUAGAUAGAGAAAAUGCUCACUUUUGCAUAUCAGAAGCACUUAUUGCAGCUAUUGAGCAUAUGAAAUGCUCUAUAACACAAAAGACUGUGACACCAGAAGAUGAAAGUGAUGAAGAAAUUCAAGAAUUAACUCAAAGAAUACGAAUAAGGAAGAGGGAAAGACAGCAAGAAAGAACAAUAAAGAAUUUGGUUCUAUUGAGUGAUGGCAAAACAGAUACAACAAGUCAAAGUGCUUCUCCCCCUUUGUCUUCUCAUUCAUCUGAUUUUGAAGCUGAUAGUAUUAGGAGUGAAGAUGAGGUAGAAGAUCUAGAAUAUUCUGCUCACACAGAAUCUAAUUUGAGUUUAAUAAAAGAAAGUGGAUUAUCUUUGUCAAUGGCUUCACUGUAUUCAGAUGCUGACCUUCAUAAAGCUAGAUCUCUCCAAAAAGAUUCAGAAAAGAAGUUGCAUGAAUCUGACUCUUUCAACAUGUCUGCUGAAUCUGUGGCAUUGUCGUUAUUAAAACGAUUUUCAGAAAAACAUUUACCAAAAGCUUCUGAAUUGCAGUGGCUUGUAUCAGAGCAAGAGGCACCUCAGAGGUUAUUACCCUUGCCUGAUUCAUGGCCUGUUUCACCAGAUUUUGUUGAAGAAGAAUGUUAUCUUACUAAUAUUCGCCUUCGAGGCAAUACUGAAUGGGCCCCACCUAGAGCUCAGAUAAUCAGCAUUAUUCACCCUCAUUUAAAACGAAAAGAUAUUAUUGAAAAGCAGAAAUACAGAUGUGCAGGCUGUGGUAUGAAGAUUGAAAAAAGCUAUAUUAAAAAGUUUCGUUACUGUAAUUACUUUGGAAAGUAUUUUUGUCAGUGCUGUCACAGCAAUGGAUCAGCAUAUAUUCCUGGUUACAUAUUAUGGAAGUGGGAUUUUACAAAAUAUUAUGUUUCCAAAUUUGCUUGGGAUCUCUUAGACAAUAUGUUUAAUGAUCCUUUAUUCAAUAUUGAGGCCACUAAUCCUAAACUGUACAAAAAAGUGAGGGCACUGGACUUGUGCCUCAAUUAUAGAAUGCAGCUGUUCUAUUUGAAAGAUUUUAUGAAAACAUGCCGUAAAGCAGAACUAGUCCAAGUUACAUUGGAAGCACAGAAUCAGCAUAUUUUAUAUGAUCCAAAUAUAUAUUCUUUAAGUGAUCUUAUUCAGGUAAAAAAUGGAGAAAUGUUAAAACAUGUGAAAAUGCUCACUAAUUAUUGCAUUGAGCAUGUGAACAAAUGCAUUCUUUGCCAAGCUAAGGGUUUUGUUUGUGAGAUUUGUGAAAAUGAGAAGGACAUUAUUUUUUCAUUUCAGCUUAAUAGAGUUGUUUUAUGUCAAGUAUGUGGAUCUUGCUUUCAUAAGAGCUGUUUUAAGAAUGUCAAGUGCCCCAGGUGUAUUCGAAUUGCUGAAAGGAAAAAACGUUUUAGUCAAGAAAGAAGUAACGAAUUGUUUGUGUGAAGCAUCUGUGAUGAGUGUUAGAAUGCUUUUUUCGGGUGAUAUUUUAACUUUUUGAAAUUUAAGUAGUAAAGAAUUUUUCAUGUAUAUUCAGAGCUAUACACAGAAUGAAUGUACCAUUUAUUUGUUAUUUAGUGUUUAGUAUAUUAAAAUUUUAUUGAGAAACUAUGCAAAAAAAUUUUUAAAAUUUUUUUAAUUAGGAAGUGAAUUUUAAUUGUUGAUCAUAAAAUUUUAGUUUAAAAAUUAGAUUAAUAGUUUAACAAUGAGAGGGAUCCUUAUUUAAAUCUUAAGUAAUUUUCGGUUGAAUAAUUACUUAAAGGUAUUGUGAUGUCAAGUUGAUUACUAACAGAUUGAAAGCUAAACAGUAGAAGAUCUAUUUAAAGCAAAUAUAGGAACUACAAUUCUCUAUUAACCACUUUAACUUUGUGGGUGUAAGCCAAUGAAAAUCGCAUUGCAGAUUUCUAAAACUAAACGGGAACAAUUAACUGUUCAUAGAC